AUGUCAUCAAAACGAUCUCCAUCAAUUCUUGAAUAUUUUUCAAAAAAAACAAAAGGUCAGGAAUCAUCUCUUUCAACAGAAGAUUCUAAGAAACAAAUGACUGAAAACUAUGAUCAAUCUUCAAAUCAAUUGAGACUUGAUAAGUCUGAGAAACCAUCAACCACAGACAAUUCAAUACCACCAUUAACAUCUGCAACAAAUAACUCAUUAUUAUUAUUACCAACAACAACAAAAAAAUAA